AUGACAGACACCGAGCCAUUCACGCUCAUCGAAGAGCAGAACCACAACGCUCCAUACCGCCUCUGGGACGACGUCCUUGACCUCAACUCCGCCAAAUCAGCAGAUCACGACCUGCAAUAUGCAGAGCAUCUCCGUAGGGCGUUUCCAGGCUACAUCGUGACUGGUAUUCCUGCUGGCAACAUUAACCUCCUCGGCUUUGCGGCAAGUGGUUUCGCAUCGGCUGAGCGAGACAAGGACACUGAUAUGUUCUGGAGCUGGAAAGGAUAUACUGGACCAGCUGCUGGGUCACGUAAUGGCCAACUCGCCGAAGCAGUGCACUUUGCGAAGUAUCACUACAAGUGGGGUAAUGAGGACUUCAUUCUCUACACUGUUGGCGGUGUGCAGUAUGUGCUCAAAGAGCGCAAAUGGCAGGAGCACCCACUGGGUCCAUCGAAGGUAACGGACGCACUCAUUACAGCUAUCGGUCAAUACAUCCUCAGCGAUGUUGUCUGGGUCUUCGAUAGUUACUGGUACCAGUCCAAACCUCUGUUCCAAGAGAUCAAGAAAGCGUCCUGGGACAAAGUAAUUCUCGACGAGAAGAUGAAAAAGGAGCUAGUGUCAGUCGCAUCAAAGUUCUUCGACUCGAAAGACGUCUACGAUGACCUUGGCGUGCCCUGGAAACGCGGUCUCAUCUUCCACGGACCGCCAGGCAAUGGCAAGACCAUCAGCAUCAAAGCAUUGAUGCAUACGCUCCUGAUGAGAAAACACUCAGUUCCAACGCUUUAUGUCAAGAACGCUCCACAAGCGUACCAGCUUAAUUCGGUGUUCUCGCAAGCACGGAGGCUGAGCCCUUGCAUGCUGGUACUGGAAGACAUUGAGACAAUCGUCCGACCACAGACUAGAUCAUACUUCUUCAAUCAGAUGGACGGUCUGGAGCACAAUGAUGGCAUCUUCGUUGUGGCAUCCACGAACUUCCUUGAGAAGCUCGACCCGGGUCUUACAUCUCGCCCGAGUCGCUUCGAUCGGAAGUAUCUGUUUCCUCUGCCGAACGAACACGAGCGAACUCUCUACUGUCAGUACUGGCGUGGAAAGGUUUCUCACAAAAAAGACAUAGCAUUUCCUGAAAAGCUUUGCCCAGCAAUGGCACGCAUCACGCCAGGCUUCUCGUUCGCCUUCCUCCAGGAGUGCUUUGUGGCCUCCCUUUUGACUCUUGCUCGCCAGAAUACGCUUGAGGAUGACGAUGGUGGCCUCGAAAAGUAUGAGCUGUGGCGUGUGUUCAAGGAGACUGCAGAUGUCUUACGAAAAGAGAUCGACCCGGAGAAGACCGCCCCAUAA